AAUUCAGUCCUCCACCCCUCUUUCUGCCUACCACUCCGAUUACUCUCAAAACAAACUUCAUCACUUAUCAAUCCACCACCCAUCAUGCCUGUCUUCGUCUGUGGCGCAACUGGCACCCAAGGCAGUGCCAUAGCAAAAUACCUCCAUGAGAAUGGUAUCAAGGUGCACACCGUCACCCGUACCCCGCUCUCCACAAAGGCCCAACACCUUCGCAUCCUGGGUGCUGAUGUGACCGCGGGUGACUACGACAACGAAGCCUCCCUCCGAGCCAGUCUCGCCAAUUGCACUGGUCUCUUCCUAAAUAUGGUCCCCGACUUCCAAAACCCCGAUAACGAAGUCAUCCGUGGCCGGCGACUCCUCACUCUCGCAAAAGAAGCUGGCGUCAAGCAUGUUGUCUACAACAGCGCGUUCGCCGUCAACGAACCCCACAAGAUCCGCACCUUCACGCCCACUGGUUUCAUCGGGAAGAUGCUGCUGCCUAAACAAGCACUGGAGAAUGAGCUCCAGACAAUGGGCUUUGAGAGAUGGACUAUUCUGCGUCCUGGAAGCUUCAUGACGAACUUCCUGGCGCCAAUGGUAUAUAUGUAUUCUGGAUUGGUAGACAAGGGAUGCUGGAUUACAGCGUGGACCACUGAGACAAAGAUUCCGCUGGUGGAUCCGAUGGAUAUUGGGAAAUUAGGCGCAAUGGCACUGACUGAUGAGAAGUUCCAUGGCAAGGAGAUUGAAAUCGCGGGGGAGUUGUUGACUGUUAAGGAGAUUGUGGACCAGCUGCGGAAGGCCACGGGCCGUGAUCUUAAAGCUGCUUAUUUGACGCAGGAGGAGAUCGAAGUGCAGGCUGCCGUUAAUCCGCUCAUUGAGGCGCAGUUGGCAAUGCGAGACAUGGCACAGUUCGCGAAUUUGGAGAAAACGAAUGAGUGGAAUCUGGAUCUGGGAACAUUUGAGCGGUUCUUGAAGAGAGAGAAGGAGAAGGUGGUGAGGACGUUUUCUGUUUAGAUAUUGCUAUGGUUUUGUGGGAUUUCCAUUCAUUUUUCGACUUGGUUGCAACGAGAUAAUAAUAUUCUUAGCAUCAUAAAGCUUUCAAUGAGCUGGAAAGGCUCUGCUAAGUCAGUUGUAACUCUGUAGUCAACUUCCCGGAUUAGC